AUGGGGUGGAAACAAGCCUCACACCCCAGCCACAUGCUUUAUUACUCACUGACAGGUAGACCGAAGGACAACAACACUAGCAUGACUGUUCCCUGGAAAUCAAGGCCCGACCUCUUCCGCAUCGGGUUCUUACUGUGUGCAACUGGAGCGUUGUCGGGACAGUUCCAGCUCGAGCCGCUGAAUUCAACAGUGCUCCAAGGCUCUGAUGCGCGAUUCAACGCCACUGUGCAAGGAAAAUGGACGAUCAUGACCUGGGGAGUCGGAGGGUUCAUGGUCCUCAAUUUCCCGAUCACCGGUAACGUAACCUCGUCCUCAGAGCAGUUCUCCGCCAAGUUCUGCUUCAGUGGUGACACCAGUUGUGUGGAGUUCACCAUCCAUAACGUCACCCGCAGUGCUGAGGCCGGCCCGGUCGUUUGCAGGGUGCUGGGGGAUUAUGGAUCAAAGACGGCACAGCUAAACGUGGAAGAGAGCGGUAUGGUCAACAUCAAGGGGGGGAAUGUAACGGUGGUGCAGGACCAGCAGGUGGAGUUCCAGUGUGUAACAUCCGCUUGGUUCCCCACCGCUACUGUCAGCUGGACCCGAAACGGCCAAGCUGUGAACAGCAGCCUGUACAACACCAGCAGCAUGGUCGAUGGGGAGACCUUCAACUCCACCAGCGUCCUGAGGUUCCAGGCUGUCAGCAACGCCACGGUGGAGUGUCGGGCGACUGUGCUGUCACUCACGAGCCCGCAAUCCAGCUCCGUCUUCCUGGUCGUUGUUCCCAAGCCUCCUGACUGGACCGUGCUGAUAGCUGUGGUCGUGUCCAUCGGAGGUUUCGCUCUGCUGGUUUUGCUCAUCAUCGGAAUCAUCUUCUGCUGCAAGUGCAGGGAAAAAAAGCAACGCAACUACCAGGAUGAGAUGAGAGCGAGGACGGACAGCGAGAUAAGCGGUGGUCAAGAGAAUGCAGGAUACGUGUCGGAGGAUCAAACCAGUGUCGCUCCCAGCAAACUUACUGACAGCGGCUUUUCUCAGGCAAGCGGCUCCGAAGUUCAUGAGGUGGCUGUGAACACUAACCAGGCAGGACAUGUCUACAGUGGUGCCCCCAUCACUGUGGGUGAAUCCGGAGUCAGGAAACACAGACAUGUCACCAUUGUGUAA